AUGGAUAGAAGCAGCAGCAGCAAGAGUAGCGGCAGCGCGAAGCCUUCAGGCAAGCGCAGCAACGGCAGCAGCGGGGACAGCAGCAGCAGCAGCAGCAGCAGCAGCAGCGGGGACAGCAGCAGCAGCAGCAGCAGCAACAGCGUGUAUCAAUCCUUUGAUAGAUUUGUAGAGGAGAGACAAUUUGCUGUUUUAGAUUUGCCGCUGCUCAAGAGCUACAAACCCACUAAGCUGCAGGCGGGACAGAUGAACAGACUGCCUCAGACCCUGAGUCUGAAGCACCAGGUGUAUCGGCACGUAGACCAUUUAGAGUUGAUGAAUGUUAGCGAAGCACGGGACUUUGUCUCCUUCUGGAGGGACAGUCUCUGCAUGCAGCAGCAGCGCUUUGGCCUAAUGUUUGGCUAUUACACAGAAGACAAUCAUUAUAAUAAAGGCAUUCGAGCAGUUUGUGAAGCUAUCUACGAACCCCCGCAGGAGGGAGAAGGAGAGGGAUGGCGAUUAAUAGAGAGCGGAGCAGCAGCAGCUGCAGCAGACCAGCAAGCAGCAGCAGCAGCAGCAGCAGCAGAAGCAGAGACUGCAGCAGCAGUUGCUGCUCGCCUGGGCUUAGAGCUCAUUGGCUGCAUCUUCACGCAUAAACCCAGGCAAGAGCCUCUAACCCCAGCAGAGAUUCUCUUCCUCGCCAGGCUGCAGCUGAAGCAUUUGCAUGGAGGCCACUACACGGGGUAUCCGAUGCCCAAGCUGGUUGCUUGUACUGUGGCGCUGCAGCACACGGAUGAGCAGCAGCAGCAGCAGCAGCAGCAGCAGCAGGAGCAGGAGGUGGUUCCUAAUGCCUUUAUGGUUUCAGACUUA